GUGGGAAGGAACGGCGCUGUCAUCGUCGCCGUCUUGUUGUUGCUUUCAGUCCAUCAAAGAGGAGAAGAAGAGGAAGAAAGGAAAGACACACAAACGACAGCAACCGCUUGCUUGCUUGUCUGGCUUUUUGUUUUGUUUUGUGGCUGUGUCGUCCAACCAACCACAGUCAGCACGAGAAGCACACGCUCCACGACGACGACACACGACGCACGACGCACGAGGCAGAGAGAGGUUCUGCCAUCAAGCAACGGUGUCAAGUAAGCCAGAAGUCAAGAGCAGCAGACAGUCACUGCUCUCACAUUCCCCGAACACACACACACACACACACAUACGCUUGACGGUCGGACGUGGCACAACGGGGAGCCAUGUUCCGCAGUCAGCUGAACCCAUACCUACAACGGCAGCAUCAGCAACAGCAAGAGAUGCUGCAGGAGCCCGAGCCCGACGCAUUAGUGGACGCCUGCGACAGUGUCCGAGUGUUCCUGGCCGAUGGCUUCUCCACCUUUGCCUCAUUUGUUGACUUUGUGCUUCCAACUCAGGAUGACACGAUCCAAGAAGACUUUGAGGGCCUGCCCGAGCUGUUCCAGGAUGCCGCUCGCAUCCUCACCACCAGCGACAACCUGGCCAAGGACUUUGGCGAGCUCGUGGCAUACAAACGCGCCUUUCUUCGACAAGUGAUCAUGCUGCCGCCUGAGGAUGCGCUGGCAGCAACAGAGACGGCGCCCACCCCAUUCCAGGCAUCUGGUGCCACGUCGUCAUCAGCGCCCAGCAACGUGACGCACGCGCCGCUGGCCGAGCUGACGCUGGCGCUGCUGCCGCCACUGCUGGAGUCGCAGAGCGCCGUUGACUCGUCGCUCAUCAAGUCCACGGUGCAGGCCAUGCUCAACUUCCUCAAGUCCCUCUCCCCGCAGGGGCUCAAGGGAGUGCCGCCAACGGCGCUGCUUGGCCUUGAGAACCUGCUGAUCCGCUGGCUGAGCACAGAGCGGGACGUGCUGGACAAAGUUGGCGUCAAACUGGAGGACAUUGCAGGUGCCGUCGUCGCUCUCAGCGUCGCAAGGGAUGACCUCAACAGCUACGUGGACACGCUGCACCUCAUUGUGAACAGCAUCGACUGUGCCGUCAACCUCCCCAUUGGCGAAUACCUCGAGCACUUUGCCCUCAACCAGCCCCGCAUGCUGCCCAGCACAUUCCUACAAUCCCGCGGCUGGACAUAUGCAAACCCCCUUCAGAAAGACAGCGGCGUGACGAUCAAACACCCGAAGCAUCGCCACCCACUCCAACUCACCACGCGCGACUCUGGCUGGAACUGCGACGGUCCGUGCGGGCACAAGAGCAGCAAAUCGCCCUUCAUCAUGCCGCGCUUCCGCUGCUCCGGAGGGUGCGACUAUGACCUGUGCAUGUACUGCGUGGCGGGCGUGUACUGCCGCGGCAACUCGAUGGUGGCCAAGGACGGCUACCUCUACGUCACGGACAGCAGAGCGUCGGGCAUCUACAAGCUCGGCUCGGGCGCAUGCGGCACAGCCAGUGCCCAAAUCAAGCAAUCACAGUCGGGCUCCUUCCGCGGGUAUGCUGCGUUUGCCAAGGAGCUGCUGCUGUUCUUCCGCGUGUCAAACCACCGCAAGGGCUGCCUUGCCGACAUCUACGACCGCGUGACCCUCAAGUCCAUUGGCAGCGUGCUGCGUCCCAAGGACCUGAGCAGCGAGGAGGACGGGCAGCGCCGCCGCAACGUGCUGCACGUCGCAGCAGCAGGCGACCACGUCUACCGCAUCUCCUUUGCAGACAACUCGACCUGCUGCGAUAUUGUUGUGGAGCAGUUUGCCGUGGACGCCGACGACUUUACCCCGCACCGCGUGGAGUGCGUCAUCAAGAAGGGCUGCAUUGUGUUUGGCUCCGACCUGUACCACGGCGUGCCCAACUGCGGCCCUGUUGUCACGCAGGCCUCCAGCUCCAUCCACGCCGUGACUGGCGACGAGCUCAUCUCCAUUGACGGCACGCGCGUGCGCGACACGGAGCACGCCACCAAGCUGCUUGAGGACAACGCCACCAAGCACGCCGUGUUUGUGCGUCGCGCCAUCCCCUCCCGCCUGGUGCGUCGCUUCACGCUGACGGCGCCCUCAGACCCCGCCGCUGCUGCCGCCGCCACAGCCAACAUGCUGGCAUGCAUCCACGGCACGCGUGCUGUUGGUGGCGGCCCGAACGGCGGCGGCGGCGCUGCUGCCACCUCCGCCGGCAACGGCCCAGCAGCCGUCGCGGGGCCGUGGCCGAGCGAGAGCAUGUUUGAGAAGCUGCCCUGCGGCCUACCGCGCGUGUUUGCUGCGGUGGGCACCUAUGUUGUCACGCACGACUCGCUCAUCCUGUACAACACGCUGUUCCCCUCGCGGGAGACGCUUGGCUUUGGGCACCGGCCCGACCAGGCCAUGGACACGGGCCGCGUCGUGUCGCACGUGUUUGACCUCACCACGGGCGAGCUGCGGCCAGAGUCGCCCUACCCAACGCUGUACGUGUCGCCCACCAACCCGCUGUACAGCGCAAAGCACGCCCAGCUCCUGGCCUGCCUGGAUGCAGACGUCGACUGCACGUGGACGCUGUGCGGCGACCGCGUGGACUGCUGGCGCAACACGGGCCUGCCACUCAACAUCCGCCUCGACACGUCCCCGUCCUACGUUGUCGACCUCCUGCGCUCCAGCAGCUGCCACAUCACCGCCGUCAAGCGCGUGUUCUGCCAGAGCGUGUGCGCCAGCUGCCAGCAGCUGGCAGGCUUCUCCAAGGACGAGGUUGCUGCCACCACGCUGCCGCGCCUGAUAGAGCUGCUGGAGCACUUUCUGCAGGAGGGCGAGCACGACUGCCUCGUGUUCAUCCUCCUCGCCCUGGCGCAGCUCACGCCAGACCUGUCCUCGACAGAGGUGGACCAAGACGCCAUCGCACACCUCAAGUCGCUCCUCUUCAAGUGCCUCGGCGUGCCCGACCGCCCCGAUGUCGUGCGCGCCGCCACAAACGUGAUCUCCACCAGCCUCGUCCUCUUCUACCCGCUGCUGGAGGACGUGCCCACGCUUGUGCGCGAGCUGGUGCUGCCAACCGAUCUGCCGCAGCACGUGCGCGACGCCAUGCGCGGCGACGUGCUUGGCCUCAUUGAGGGCGUGCCGCCGCUGGACCUGCCGCGCUCCCUGGUGGAGCUGCUGCUGCAGGGCCUGGACGAGGCGCUGGUGCAGACGGAGGCGGCCAUUGCAGACGUCAAGCGCGGCGUGCACGACCACGUCCGCGUCAACGAGGCGACGGUGGGAGGGCUGGCACUCAUUCAGUACCUGUGCAACGCUGCCCACGCCGCGCAGCACAGCAGGGCCGAUGAGACGCACGACGUCGAGCCAGCGGAACACCAGGAGCAGCAAGGGGACGCCAGCACUGAACAACAACAACAACAACAACAACAACAACAACAACAACAACAACAACAACAACAACAGAAGACUUCGACGGAGGCCGAGGCCCCGCUGACAUGGAGCGAGCUGCAGCGCAAGGUGCUGCUGUCCACCACCGAUGUUGUGGUGAAGAUUGUGACAAAGGCCAGGGCCGCCCUUGUCGAUAUCAAGAAGCAGCAGCGGCGCCUGGCCAUGGCUAGCCGCGGCAGCCUCACGCGCGAUGACGCAAUCAAGCAGCAGCAGGACUCGCAGCAGCAACAACAACAACAGCAACAGCAACAACAAGAAUCCCAGGGGUUGUCGUCGUCGGCGCAGGGCAGCCCAGCGACCCGUCGCCGCGCAGCAAGCGCCGGUGGCGUGCAUGAUGCAGCAGCGGCGCAGGCGUUGGAGGCGGCUGCACGCGGCGUUGUUGACGUGGUCAAGUGCACGGCGGGCACCCUCGCCUCGCUGGUGCUGCUGGCCACGGACGAGCCCACGCAGUUUGACGAGGAGCAGCUCAAGGCCCUGCGGGAGGUGAGCCUGCACUUCCACGCCUUCCUUGCCCUUACACCCGAGGUCGAUGCGGACGGCAGCGUGUCCAAGCCCUGGGAGGAGAAGAUUGUUGUGGAGUCGCAGCACCCUUUGCCCGAGGCAUACCGCUUCACCAAGACCAUCAGCAUGCCCGGCGCGCAGGGGCUUGUGUUGCAUUUUGACCCGCGGUGCUCGUCCCAGUACGACUACGACAAGCUGUUCAUCUACGCGAGCCCGACGCCCAGCGGCGCCCGCGUGGCGUCGUUUGGCGGUAACCACCUUGGCUAUGGCGGUGGCGGCGGCACGUGGCCACGGCAGCCCGUGCGGGUGCCUGGCAACACUGUCACGCUGCAGUUUGAGAUGAAGAGCGCACGCGAGGCGCAGACGCCGCCAGAGGCCAUGUGGGGCUUCUCCGUCACCGUGGCCGCGCAGAGCUCAUCGGCCUCCUCCUCGUCGUCAUCAGCGUCCGAGGAGGGCAAGAGCACCACUGCCAUGGGCCUGCUCGCCGAUGUUCAGCUCGCCCUGCUCAACCGCAUCGUUGUGAUUGUGGAGACGCUGUUUGGCGUGCCGCCUGCGGAGGCUGUGGAGGACCAUGUGCUUGGUCUCAUGCCGGCCAACCUCAUCAAGAGCAUCCCCUGGGAAGCUCUCAUCCGCCCACAGCAGCAACAACAACAGCAGCAACAGCAGCAACAAGAGCAGCAAACGUCGGGGAGACCCUCACCGGCAUCUGCAGCGUCAGGGUGGAUGCAGGAGCUGCACGAGCAGAGCGACGCGCGCCUGCUAUCUCUGGAAGACGCACGCGCCCUGCGCACCAAGUACGGCACGUCCGACCUCCUGCGCCUUCCGCGCCGCAUCCAGCAGGCCGUGUGCACGUCGGAGGUUGAUCGCCACAUGCUCACGCUGCUGCUGGACCAGGUUGGCGCGCGGCAUGACGUGGCCCGGCUGCUUCGUGGCGAGAUGGACGACUACCUGCGCUGGCUGGCGGAUUUCCUGCGCCAGUGCUUCCAGCGCAUCUCCACGUUUCUGCGCCGCCUCGUCAGCGUGGCAAACAUGGAGCAGCAGUGGGCGUUUGCCCUGGAGAGCGCAGUGGAGGCGGGCGCCAUCACAGAGCUCUUCUUCUUCAGCUGGCAGCACGAGGUGCAGAGCAAGCACCCGCACUUCAAGGACUUGGCCAACCUGGGCCUGCUGUUCUGCCCCAAGCUGAAGGGCGCCGCCCCCGACGCCCUCGUGGACGCGCUCUCUGCCGAGUUUAAGGAGCAGUUUGAGGGGUACAUGGCCCCCGUGCGCGAGCAGCAGCGGAAGCGCGAGGAGCGGAAGCGCGAGAAGGAGAAGGCAAAGAAGGAGAAGGAGGCGAAAGAAGCAGCAGCAAAGGCCACCCAGCAGCAGCAAGCACAGGCGGAGGGACAGGAGGGCCAACAACAAGGCGCCCAAGCAGGGGAUGAGCAGCAACGCGUGGAGCGGGAGACGAGCAACACCGCCCCGCCCUCCCGCCAGUACAGCCAGUCUGUGACGCCGCAGGAUGUUGGUGGUGGUAGUGGGCAGCAAGCAGAUGCCCCAUCACCGAGCAGUUCCACGCGCAGCGUCAGCCGCAGUGGCAACAACGGCAACGACGACGCCGCAUCCAACACCGAAAACACCAACCACGACGAUGACGAUGAUGGUGAUGAUGGUGAUGAUGGUGAGGGCAGCGGCAACGGUGGUAGCAAUGGCAGGUCUGGUGCAAGACAGGGCAUGGAUGUGUCUGAUGAUGCUGACGAUGCUGACGAUGCGGAAGAAGAACCUGCCAUCCCCACACCGGAGGUUGACCUGACGCUGCGGCGGUCUCAGCGGUUCUCAGAGGCUGUGCUGUCCCGCUGCAAGGUGCUGCUUGCCCUGCGCUCCAAGGACGAGAUGGACGUCACACACGCCUUGGAGACGCAGCUGGUGACCGAGGCCUCCGACACGAUGAUGAACAUGCCGGACCUUGAGCGGCUUCCCUCCCACUCGUCCACGGCCAUGGCCACGGGCAGCGGCCUGCAGAGCCCGCUGUCGCGCUCGCUAUCCCUGGGCGCCCCUGUGGCAGUGUCGCGCACGGUGAGCGUGGUCACGCUGGAGCAGCCCGCGGUGUCGCCGCAGGAGGAGCUGUUCCAGUUUGCCUUUGGCGGCGUGUUUGCCAGUGCGCAGCCGCUGUGCGGCGACGACGUGCUGAAGGUUGUCCUUGCCCACCAGACGCGCGCCACACACCGGGUUGCUGCGCUGCGUCAGCUCACCGCCGUGCUGAAGGAGUACACUGGCAAGAACGCAAGCUCGCGAGACAUCACCUUGCACUACCUUGUGCAGCGGUUGGUGCGCCUGCUUCAGGCCACGCACCACACGCGCGACCUGCAGCUGAGCGGCCAGACGCACACGUACACGGAGGAGUUUGGGCACCUGCUCAAGCCACUCGUGGCGCUGAUGAAGAAGUCUGCGCCCAGCUUCAAGCCUGCACUCGGACUGGCCGUGCUGCCGUAUGGCCCGCCGGACGUCAAGGUGCUGCUCGAGUCUGGCUUCAUGGACACCCGGCUGUUCAACGUGCUGGCGCACUUUUUGGUCAACCACUUUGCGGUCAUGGUGCAGGCGCUGCGGGCGUCCCCGAACGUGCGCCCGGAUGACGUGCGCGUGACAUCUGUGAGCGAGGUGCUGUUCCUGCUGGACGAGCUUGCCGACAGCCACCUUGGCCACGCCGUCCUCUCCCACAGCUCCAGCUCCUGCGCGCUGCUGUCCCUCAUGCUGUCCUCCGUGUGCACGCCGCGCAUCCUGGACGUGGUGGUGCGCGUGCUUGCCGUUGCGCUGCCGCUGCUGCGCGUCGACGAGCAGCUCGUGUCGCACCUCAAGGAGAUGGGCCACGCGGAUGUGACGCCCAAGACGGCGCGCUCCGUGAUUGUGCGCACGCUGCUGGAGCGCCUUGGCGACUACGCCACGCCGCCCUCGCUCAACACGGGCAUGGCCGCCGCCAGCCCACUCACGCUGAAGAAGGCGCAGUCACGCGCCAUGAGCACGGGGGACGACAACCAGCCUGCCCCGGCGUCCGUGAGCACGCCAACACCCAGCGCUGCGCGUGGCGGCGCAGAGUCGCCAAGCACCCCGCCACAGGCCAUUCGGCCUGGCCCAGACGACGACGGCUCGUCGCACGGCAUGCCGAACGUGAGCGCCCUCUCCGCAACACCGGGCACGCCCGACGCUGCACAGGAGGGCAUGCUUGUGCCCCCGCACCUGCGCGGCACCAGCAGCAGCCUCUCUGUGGAGACCGACUCGCGGUACAGCGACAACUCGUCCAUGUACCUGCGUGACAGCGCCGAUGACGAAGACACGCGCGCCAUCAUGCAGGCCCUCAUGCGGGAGUUUGGCGGCCAGGACGAGAACGGAGGAGACGGUGCCAACGGCGGCAACGACGACGACGACGACGACGAUGGUGAUGAUGGCGAUGAUGACGACAAUGGAAGCUCCCUUGUCGCUGAGAGCGAUGCGCGCAGCGGCCUUGGCGUAGAUGUGAUGGAGCUUGUGCCGCCACCACCGCGCGUGGAAAUGGGCGGCGAAGACGAGGAAGACGAGCUGCUCGACGACGAGGAAGACGAGGACGACAUGAUCGAGGACGAGGACGACGACUUUGACGAUGACGAAGAAGCAGACAUGAUGUUCGUGUCCAACGACAUGCUCGGCGAAGAUGAGGAGGUGCCUGACCUCGGCGGCUACGACGACGUGGACGCGGAGGAAGACGAGGCUGAGGACGCGCGCCGCAUGCACGAGGAAAUGGCGCUGCGGCACCGCAUUGCGCGCGAGAUGGCCGAGCAGCAGCAGCAGGACACCACCUACGUGCAGUCGCAGAACGAGGACCCGCCCCGCGCCAUCCAGUGCAUGGUUGGCGCAGCCUUUGCGCGCUGCCUGGAGGCGCUGCUGAUGCAGGGUGCAAACGAGCCCGUCGGACAGCAGGCGCCGGAGGGCGUGGGCGCAACCAAGGCGUCCCAGCUGGUUGCCACCAGCCACCGCUUGCUGGCGGAGCUGCGCACGCGCGCGUGCAUGGCGCUGGGCGCACGGCUCAAGUCGGAGGCCAGCGCGCACGAGUUUGUGGCGCAGGGCGACCGGGCGCUGGCCACGGUGAUCAAGCUGGCCAAGGAGGCGCAGGGCGUGGCCGGGGAGCCGCGGGCCGUGAUUGCAGGCAAGUGCUCCGAGCUGCGGCGCACGUUCUUCGAGAAGGACCGCCCAAGCAUCCACUCGGCAGCCAAGGGCGGCGCUGCGCCCCCGACGCUGCUGCACUGGGACGUGAACCAGCGCUUCCCAGAGCUGAGCAACAUUGUGUUCCUGUCCAACAAGACGGCGUUCAGGGUGGUUGCGGGCCGCAACGCCCCCGCGGAGAGCCGCAACCGGCCCGUGACCGUGUUUGCCAACAAGCCCAUCCCCGCCGGGUGCGAGUGCUUCUACUUUGAGGUGCGCCUGGUGGCCACGGACCGCCGCCCAAGCGAUGGCCCACUCAUGCUCGUUGGGAUGGCGCCGCCCGCCACAGACAGCUCCAGCACGUGGAAGCCGGGCGCCGUCCUGCUGGACUCGCGCGGCAAGGUGCACCACCAGCGCUCCCCGGCCAGCACCAACGAGUUUAACGUGGACCUCAACCUGAGCAUCGGCGACACGCUCGGCUGCGCGUGGCUCGGCGACGGCUCGAGCAUCCAGUUUACGCACAACGGGCGCCUGCUGCCGCGCCGCGUGCAGGGCCUGUCCAACAACAGCGUGCCCGUGGUGAGGGUGUUUGGCGGCAACACGCAGGUGGAGGCCAACUUUGGGCUGUCGCCGUUCCUGUUCAAGCCGGAGCAGCUGCUGUCGCCCUCGCGCACGGCGAGCGACGAGGCCGGCAUGGAGCACUCGUCCCUGUUUGGACUGUCCCCCUUUUCGUUUGAGGACGACGAGAGCGCGCCCGUGAACACGGCCCACAGGCACAGCGUGGACACGCGGCCCGUGGCCGUCUCCAGCAAGGACAGCCUGCCCAGCACAGAGCACACGGAGGUGCUGUCGGCGGUGCACACGACCAUGAUUGGCAGCACGACGGUGGGGGUUGGCGAGGACGAGGAAGAGGAGGAGGACCUGACGGAGAAGCUGGUCAAGGCGUGGGAGAAGGACAUCUUCCCCAAAAUCUCCUCCCGCUUCCGCAACUCGCAGGAGCGGCGCAGCGGGUUUGAGCAGAUCCGCGGCGCGCUGCUCAUGGGCAUGGCCGACAUUGCGCGCAUGACGGUGGAAGGCCUGUACGAGGAGAGCGGCGGCAUGCCGUCCGACCUCACCUUCCCCACCAUCGAGGACAUGAAGCAGAGCGUGAGCAAGGUCGAGGCCAAGGAGCUCAAGCCGGGCAUGCAGGUGAAGAUUCUGCCGCACAGCGACCGCCAUGGAUACGAGGUGGAGGGCAUGCGCCAGACGCGCGGCCUGCUGGGCACGGUGGUGAGCGUGGACAGCAGCGUGGACCUGGCGCAGGUGGACGUGUACGUGCCGCAGGAGGCGCGCCUGAUGCACUGGUGGUACCCGACGGCCGAGCUGGAACGCGCAGACGGCGAGAACCAGCGCGAGCCCAUCACCCUGGAGACGCACCAGCAGCUGCUGCUGGCGGAGUCCCAGCUCACGCGGCUCUACUGCCGCAACGCCGUCGUCAAGCUGGCGCAGCACGCCCUGCUGGGCAAGGACCUGGUGCCGCGCCACGUGGCCCUGCGCCUGCGCGCCAUGGAGCAGCUGCGGCCCUCCGUGCCUGCGCUGUGCUACCUGCGCGAGUGGUCUGUGGGCGCCUUCUUUGGCCGGGAUGCAACGGGCAUGACAUCCACGUGCCAGCCCCACCCCUUGUCCCCCGACCUGAUGCAGGAGCUGCAGCUGGUGGUCAAGGAGCAGGACGUGUUCAAGCACGUCUGCGCCCCGCUGCUGCAUGCAGCAGAAGGCGGCAGCGGCGCCGGCAGUGACGCCGCCUUCCGGGUGGCCAAGCUUGCGGUCGAGGUGGGCCGCAAGACGUUUGACGUGAGCUUUGAUGACGCAUGUGCGGUCGUGGUGAGCGUGUGGCCAAAGGACGCCAGCGGAAGCGUGCUUGCCUCGCCGCCCUCCGUGCAAGAUGGCCCCUGGGCGCGCUUCUACGUCGGGUCUGCAGGAACGGGCCCGCAGUUUGCGGUGUACCCGGCGCCGCAGACAUGCAUGCGCACGCCGCUGCCGUACCUGCUGUUCCCGGCCUCGCGCCGCCUGCACGUGCGCACAACCGCGCAGGACGUGCACCCGAACGCGCAGCUGAUGGUGCACGGUGUUCCCGAGGACCUGCCCACCGCGCUGGCGGCGCUGCAGCUCUGCUUCAGGGAGAGCGCAUCGGACAUGUCGACCAAGUUUGUGGCCAAGCUGGUCAAGGGCCUGCUGGACGUUGGCCUGCGGCUUGAGGUUGGCCCUGCGCUGCAGGAGCUGGUGCUGGCAACGGCUGCCGUUGUGCUGCGGUCUGCACCACAGCAGGCGCUGGAGGAGGCGGGCGUGGCGAGCCGCCUCCACGCGUUGUACAAGGAGCUGUGCACGCUGUAUGACAAGCGAAGCACGUCGCUCAACGCGUGCGCGCACAGCACGCUGUUCCAGGUGGUGCUGCAGGUGGUUGUGGACGCCUGCACACGGUUUGGCGCGAACCAGGUUGUCACGGGCAAAGCACAGGCCACGAGCCUGUUUGCGGCGUCGGAUUCCAGUGCUGGCAAAUCCUCAUCGUCCCCCUCUUCCUUGCCGUCCGCGUCAUCACCAUCGUCGUCGUCGUCAAGCAAGGCGGGCGGGCCGACUGUGGUGUCGCUGCCGUCCGGGAGCAAGGUGAGCUUUGGCACAGCCUCCAGCAGCAGCAGCAGCAGCGGCAGCGGCGGCGGCGGUGGUAUUGGCAGCGGGCCCGCCUCUCGCUCCCGCCGUCGCCCGAAGCGCGGUGCCGCUGCUGCCCGCGGCGGAGCUGGGCGGACGUCCACAGCCAGUGGCGGUGUUGGGUCGCGCAGCCCAGCCUCGUCAGCUGGUGGCGCCGCAACCACGCCUGGACCAGCAGGGAGUGGCUCGCAGGGCGGGUCGGCGUCGCCCAGCACGGUGCGUGCGCGGUUUGGCAGCGCACCGUUCCCGAGCGCCGCAGCGCAGCAGGCCGCUGAGGACCUGCAGCAAGGGCCCGAAUGGUUCGCUGGCGUGCGGCAGCUGCGUGCGGCGCUGGUUGCGCUCGGCGACGAUGGCAGCCGGUGUCCACGCCUGCUGUUUGAGCGCGCGUGGUCCGCUGCAUAUCGGGGCUACCAGCCGCUCUCCAGGCGUCACCAGUUCUCCCCUGGGCUUGGUCGUGACCUUGCCCACUCUGCGCGCGCUGCUGGUGGUGUCCGCAACGGCUUUGUGCGCAUCUUCUCAUACAUCCCGCCAUCGCCGGCGGCAGCAACCAGCGGCGACAACGGCAGCGAACGCGCAAGCACGAGCGGCAACGGCAACGGCAACGGUGGCAGCGCUGCUGGCGACAGCGACAACAACCGCGCCCAGGUCAAGGGCGCCGUGCUUGAGCUGUGGGAGGCUGAGGACGUCGCGCGGUGCACGCAGCGGCUGCGGUCGACGGACCUGCUGUCCCAGAGCGGCGCGUCUGUGUCGUCCCUGGAAGGCGUGUUGAACGAGGUGGCCAUCGCGGCGGCUGAGGGCGAGGCAAGCGGCGGCAGUGCCGCGCGCACACCGGAGCUUGGCCCGCUGUGCAAGCUGUUCCUGCGCCAGCUGUACCUUGACAAGGAGGGCAACCUGCAGCCCGCGUUUGAGCGGGCGCUGCUCUCGCUUAUGGUGGCGGACACGGACGUUAUGAGCGCAAAGACGUCGCACAAGGGCGUGCCCAUUGCCGGCAUCCUGAACGCGUCGUCGUUUGAGUUUGACACCAACCUGCCCGUGGGCACGUCUGGGAUCCUGCGCACGUUCUUCCUGAACGCGGGCGACGGCUCGAAGAAGGACCUGGCCGCCGUGCUCAAGAAGCACAGCGCUGCCGCCGAGGGCAGUGGUGGCAGUGGCGGUGGUGAUGGUGGUGACGGCAGCAAGAGGGGCGUGGCGACUGGGCCAGGUAACGGCAAGCACUUCCGCCCGACACACCUCAUCUCGUAUGCCAAGGAGAAGGUGGAGACGGACGUGGUGGCGUUGGUGCACGGCAUGGCCUCUGUGGGCUUUGACAUGCACCACGAGCGGUUCCGUGACGUGGCCAAGUGCACGGCGUUUGACAACAUGUGCCAGGCGCAGUGGACGCACGCGUCGGACCUUGAGCUGGGCCGCCUCAUGUGGGAGCGCAGCCGCGUGUGCGGGCGUCUUCCCACGGAGCUCUCCGUCGCGGCGCUUUGCAUUGAGCAGGAGCGCAGCCUUGAGUUUUCUGCGCUGGGCCACUAUCCAACAAAGGUGCUUACGCUGCGGGCCGCCAUGCUGCAGGAGCUCAACCGCCUGACGGGCAACGCGUUGCCCAUGAUUGACCUGCGCAGCCCGCGGGCAGAGGGCAGCCUGGCGUGGCACCUUGGCCAGAGCCGCGACCUCAUCUUCCCGAGCGUGUACCGCACGUGGGCAGGGCAUGUCGUCGAUGACACGGCGGCGCGCGUGGACCUGAGCAAAGGCCCCGAGAUUGUGCUGGAUCCCCUGGAGACGGUGGUGGACGCCGACGCGGCUGAGCGCGGUGCCCGCACUGGCGGUGCUGCGACGACAACAGCGGCAGCAUCCUCGACAGCAGCAGCUGCAGCUGCUGCAACUGGGGCAGGCCAGGGCCAGGGCGACGAUGACCCACAACAGCAGCAGCAACAGCAACAGCAGCAGCAGCAGCAGGGUGCGGGACAAGGGCGGCAAGUUGCGGCAGUGCCCCGCACGUCGCAUCAUCCCCACCAGCGCGUGCCACAGUUCCUUCAGGCUGCCGAGCAGGUGGAUGCCAUCAACCCUGCUGAGCUUCGGGUGAAGCUGGCCAAGGGCGGCGACCCCAUCUUCCCGCUGAUUGUGCGGCUGACCGGGGAGCGCGUUGCGGGCACGAGCGGGUCGUACCGGGAGUUUAUGCUGCGCAUGAGCCACGAGCUUCAGGACGGCACGGUGCCGCUGUUUAUGGUGUGCCCGAGCUCGUCCAUGGGCCGAAACGUGGGCAAGGUGCUGCUGCGCACGGCCGCGCCCACGUACCAGCAGCUGCACUCGCUGCGGUUCCUGGGCGUGCUGUUUGCCAUGUGCAUCCGGUCUGAUGUGCCGCUGCCGCUGGAGGCGCUGCCGUGCUUCUGGAAGGCGCUUGCCGGCGUUUCCUUGCAGGAGGAGGAUGUGCACGCCGCAGACAGCCCCGUUGGCAACGUGAUUGCGGCCAUGCGCGCGUGCAAGACUGCAGGCGAGUUUGCGCGCCAGGCUGAUGCGGAGGGCUGGACGUUCAGCGUGCGCACGGUGACGGGCCAGGUGGUGGACCUGAAGCCACCCGCGGCAUCGCUGCAGCAGUACCAGCAGCAGCAGCAGGAGCACCAGGGCCCCAGUCGCAAGGCGCCGCGGCGUGGGCAAUCGCUCGAAGGACACACGGUCGCCGGCAGCAGCAGCAUCACCACCACCACCACCACCGCCAGCAGUAGCCAGGGCAGUGGUACAACAAAGCCAAUGACAGCAACAACAACAACAACAACAGCAGCAACAACAGCAACAGCUGGAGACGGUGCUGCUUCAUCUGCUCGUGUCACCGCGAUGAGUACAGGCGGUGCAGCCGGCACAGAGGCGGGAGCAGGGUUGCAUGGGCGCCAUGUGCCUGUGGUGUUUGAGGACCGCGACGAGUAUGUGCGGCAGGUGCUGGCGUUUAAGCUGCAGGAGCUGAGUUGCAGCGCGCAUGUUGCUGCGAUUCGGGAAGGGUUCAGCACGGUGCUGCCGCUGGAGGUGAUGCUGGCGCAGUCGUGGCAGUCGCUGGAGCUGGCCAUCUGCGGGGUGGCGGACGUGGACUUUGAGUUUCUGCGGCGCCACACCACAUACACGUCUGGGCUGUGCGAGACGGACCGGCACAUUGUGUACUUUUGGCGCGCGCUUGAGUCGCUGUCCCAGGCCGAUCUGCGCAAGUUUAUCAAGUUUGCCUGCAACCAGGAGCGCAUCCCGAGCCCUUACCCUGACAUGAGCAAUGGCACGAUGGUGCACAUUCCGCCGUAUCCGAUGAAGAUUGCGCCCCCGGAUGACUCUCGGUUUGGCUCCUCGGACCACCAGCUCAUUCGUGCAGAGACGUGCCUCUUCAUGGUCAAGCUUCCCCAAUACUCUUCCCAGGAGAUUAUGACGGAGCGAUUGAAGCAGGCCAUCAGCUGUCGCGACGAUCCCCUUUCUGGCUGA